AUGAUGAGUGAUUCAUUAAGCUGGAGUAAGAAAUCAGUGGAAGAACGUUCAAGAUUAUUGAUGAAAGUAGCAGAUAUAAUAGAGGAUAACAUUGACGGAUUUGCUGAGAUUGAUUCGAAAGAUCAUGGGCAACCUAUUUCAAUAGCGAAGUUCGUUGAUUUAAACAUGGCUCUAUUAAUGACCAUCAUUCGUUCACAUAUUCAAAACGAUCCAGUAACAGCAUUGGACUAUGUGGUACGUAGUGCCAUCGGUGUUGUUGCGUUGAUAGUUCCAUGGAAUUUGCCUCUUUACUUGCUGACAACAAAAUUAGUACCAGCCCUCGCAGUUGGUAAUACAGUGGUUGUUAAGCCAAGUGAACUGACCAGCGUUAGUGCAUGGUUAUUAUUCAAUUGUUUCAUAGACGCUGGCUUUCCGAGUGGAGUUGUUAAUUUGGUGAUGGGAUGCGAUAAUGAAGUAGGCGUUGCGUUGGCUCGUCAUUCUGGUGUAUCGGUUAUUUCAUUCACGGGGAACACCUCUGCGGGCCGAAAAAUAGCUCAAAUUUGUGCUGAAACGAAUAAGAAAAUAAGUCUCGAAAUGAGUGCUAAAAAUGCAGCGAUUGUAUUCGAAUCGUGCGAUAUUCAAAAGGCUGUACCCCAUAUCAUUAGAUCAUGCUUCUUGAAUCAAGGUGAAAUGUGCCAUUGUACAAGUCGUAUAUUUGUACAACAAACAAUCUUUGAAAGGUUUAUUGAAGAGUUCGUCAAAAUAACAUCAAAACUAAAAGUUGGUGAUCCUCGGCGUGAUGUUCAUUUAGGAGCGUUGAUAUCAAAGGAUCACUACGAAAAGGCACUUUCGUAUAUCGAAAUGGCAUCGAAACAGUCCAGAGUACUCCUCGGUUCUGAUCAGUUAACACAAGAGGAUCAAGAGCAAGAGGGUUACUUCAUAAAGCCGACGAUUAUAAUCGAGGUUGAUGAUCACAAUCUUCUGAUGCAAGAUGAAAUAUUUGCACCUGUUGUGUGUGUUUCACCGUUCGUUGAUAAUCAGUUGCUUCUGAACUUCAUUUUGGCAUUGUAUGGUGUAACUGCUGGUUGGUAA